AUGGAUCGAGAUCCCAUGACACUAAAUGUAUUGGCGGUGCUAUGCGACGCCCAGGCGCCCGUCGAAAUAUACCCACAAAAUCCAGUGGUCCUGGAGGGUCAAAAUCUCACCAUGCUCUGCCGUGUGGGGGUGGAUGUACACUACUGCAGAAUUACAAUACCCGGUCUGAAGAAUUCGCUGAAUUUGAAGUCCGGACAGCGUGUGGGAGGAUAUGAGUAUUAUGGCGCAGGCUUGGAGCAAGGACAGUGCGGCGUCCAUAUCGGAUCGGUGACCGCCAAGGAAGCAGGAGAAUUCAAAUGUUCGAUGGGAACAUCGCCCAUUGAAAGUGAUGCCAGCACGACAAUCAUCGUAGCACGUGAACCAUCCCCACCUGAAAUGGAAACAAGCCCGGGAACACAGGCUCGCGAUACCUUCCGAGCAAACGAUAUUUUGACAGCCAGGUGCGUUGUCAGAGACGGCAGGCCACCUGCAAACAUCUCUUGGUAUCUGGAUGAUGAACCAAUCUACGAUGGUCUGUCCGAACCUCAAGUGAUCGAUACCCCUGAUGGCUUGGCUACCAGUGUCCAAAACAUCACAAGGCGUUUGCAACCCAAUGAUGAUGGCAGAAGGUUGACUUGUGUUGCCAGGCAUUUGGCUUAUAGAAAACCAAACCAAGCAUCAGUAAUUCACCAUAUCAUCAAAGUUCAAUAUGAACCUCUGCCCAGGGAACGUCCAAUUGGCAUUUUCGGAGUGACACUCGGCGAGUUAGCAUAUAUCAAUGUCACAAUUGAAGCAAAUCCACGACCAGUAUUGGAAUGGACCGUCAACGGUGAGAGCAUCCCAGAAGGAUCAAUUGACAGCACACAAAGAUUUGAAGUCACAUCAGCUCAACCUUUGGGACAAAAUCGUUAUAAUGCCACAUUACGUAUUUCUGAUCUGACUUUGGAAGAUACAACGAAGGAAUACCGACUUCGUGCAAGAAAUGAAAUUGGCAUGACUGAAUAUGAAAUCAGAAUUAGCUCCAGUGAACCACCAAUGGGCGGAGUUUUGGACCUUGGAUCCAUAGUUGGCAUUGUCGUUGCCUUAGCAAUUGUACUAAUUGUGGUUAUUUUGAUCAUUUUCGCAAGAGCAACUGGACGCUGGUGUUUCCACGGUGGUUCGUUGAAUACUGAUUUGAGCAAAAACGUCGUCGAUGGGAUGGACUCGGAGGCCCAAAUUAAUGUCAACGAUAAUAGUAACGAGACCGACGAAUACACGAAGCAACAGGUUGAAGACUAUCGCGACCACCACAAGAUCUCCAAUGGAAAAGAUAAAGAUGGCAAGAAAACAAAUACACCAGUUUAA